AUGGCGUCAGAACAUGCAACCGCUACCAACGACGGCGGGCACUCGUCAGACGCCCUGGAUAGCCCCGGAAAUGUCAACUGGUCUCUUCACAUGGACUUCGUCUCGGUCGCACUGCACGAUACAGCAACCAUACGCAAAGCCGUCACCAAAGCGUUCUACGGCACGUCACCAAAACAUUCAUACUUCUUUGGCAGCUCUACAGGUGGUAGACAAGAUCAUAUGCUCGCACAAAGGUACCCACAGGACUACGAUGGAAUUAUUGCUCUGUUCCCCGCCACAAACUGGGUAAAGGUCUUCUGGGCUAGCUACUGGCCGAAGUUUGUCAUGGAUAAAACGGGCGUGUACCCCAAGCCAUGCGAGUUUAAGGACAUAACAGCUGCAGUCAUCUCUGCUUGUGAUAAGCUUCAUGGGGUGGAAGACGGCAUCAUCUCCCGACUUGAUCUCUGCAAAUUCGAUCCUCACGAAGUCGUGGGCAACAUCGCUGACUGCGACGGCACCGAGGUUGCUGUAUCUUCUGCGGCUGCGGACAUUACUCAGGCAACAUGA